AUGGCUCUCCAGCACUCCCGCCCGGGCAUGACCUCGAAAUGCGUCGAAACCGAGGCUACGCUACGGCCCCGGAAACGCGUAGCGUACUACGAAGACUUUCUGCGCGCUGACAAUCCAACGCGGAAAGGAAACCAAGAAGGCUGGGCUGGGCUGAGGGGCGUCGCACGAGAUCGACGGCCCCAGGUCAGGUACCGCCGCGCCGUGGCAAGAUCAUGCUGCCCUGCGCCGGCCGAGAAUCUCUCCAUUUCCCUGACGGCCGUGUAUUUGGACUCGCAGACAGAAUUCGCCGGGCAGUACCACAAGCAUCCCUGCCUAUGGGGGAUCAACUGCGUGGUGCCGAUAGAUGCGACGUUUGAGCUGGAGGGUUUGCCUGCCUAGGGGGGAUAAUUGGAGGGGAGCUGGGUGGACGAGUUCGGGGCCCGGGACGCAUCGUUAUCUGAGGAGUCGAGGGGGGGAGGGCGUCGCGUUCUUUGUCCUACCGAGUGCGAGGAUCGCGUAUGAUGCCGAGCCUGGAGUGUUGAGCGCCGCGGUUGAAGACAGCAUUGUGACGUCCAGGCUAUAUCAUGACUGCCAGCUGAUCCUCCACGGUCAAUAGUCGUUCGUCCUGAACCAUGAUUCUGGGCUCACUGGUUCAUAAUCCCUUAAUCUUCUCGCUUAUCCUGCUGAGAUUCCUCUGAACGAUCCACAUGAUAUCGCGUCCAGUAGCCAGAAGAAGUCGAUCGCACACGUGUCUCACUCGACAUCCGUGGCCUAUCCGCUGAUCUCCUGUCCAAGCCAACCGAUCGUGCUGCUCCGUACAUGAAUCUCACCGCGGAGCUCUCGGAGGGGAAAGAGGAUGAGAACAUCGCAUACGACACGGAUUACGAUCCAGACGAAGAUGACCACCACUACUCGCGUAAGGACAUCGACGACUCCCCAGUCGAGCGUCAGGUCGCUCCUCAUCGUCGUUUCGGCCACCAGGAUCCGGUAUGCCCUCAGCUCUAUCAUCUGAGUGGCAUGCGUGCCGCGAGCAAGCGCUUGCUCCUGGCGCACGGGAGCGAUUACAUCUGCAGAUGA